CAUGAGUGUUGAGUGUGAGGCGUGAGAAGCAGAAUUUCAACUGUGGCUAAUUGCAAGCUUCAGACACAAAACUUCUGACCCAAUUGCAUCUGGAUUACAGAAAUCUGAAUAUGACUGAGACAAAUUGUAGAAAACAAGGGUUCAAAAAAUGUCGGAGUGCUACUUUCAACAUUGAUGGAUUUAGUUUCACUAUACUUGCUAAUGAAAAAACUGAUCGAAAUCCACGACCGGUUGAAAGAUUUGCACGUUCAAAAUCACAGACCUCUUUGCGGCAUGGUGGUGCAAGGUUUGAAGGGAAAGAUGAAAAAAGAAAACAAAAAUUAGGAAAUGAUGUUGAUUCACAGAAUCCAGAUGAAAUCCUAGCGGAAGAGUUUCUUUCUGUUGAUAACCCAGAUGCUUUGGAAAAGGCCGCGAUCAGAUUGCGAACCUUGGUCAAACAGCUGGAGCGAGGUGAAGCUUCAGUCUCAGACCUGAAGAAGAAUUUAGACUAUGCAGCUACAGUGCUUGAGACAGUCUACAUUGAUGAGACACGGCACCUCCUGGAUACGGAGGAUGAACUCAGCAAUAUCCAGUCUGAAUCUGUUCCAUCAGAAGUCCGUGACUGGCUGGCCUCUACAUUUACAAAACAAAUGGGGUUGAUGCUGAAGCGAACAGAGGAAAAGCCAAGGUUCCGCAGUAUUGUGCAUGCGGUACAGGCUGGGAUAUUUGUUGAAAGAAUGUACAGGCGAACAUCAAAUAUGGUUGGACUAAGUUAUCCUCCUUCAGUCAUCGAUGUAUUAAAGAAUGUAGAUAAAUGGACCUUCAAUGUUUUUGCACUGAAUGAAGCCAGUGGAGAACAUGCACUCAAAUUCAUUGUCUAUGAUCUAUUCACCAGAUAUGACCUCAUCAGUCGUUUCAAGAUCCCUAUUUCCUCCCUUGUGUCAUUCAUUGAAGCUCUAGAAGUUGGAUACAUGAAACAUAAAAACCCCUAUCAUAAUCUACUACAUGCAGCAGAUGUUACACAGACAGUCCAUUACUUUAUCCUGAGAACUGGUAUUGUGCACUGGAUGACAGAACUGGAAAUCUUCGCCAUGCUAUUUGCAGCUGCUAUUCAUGACUACGAACACACAGGAAUGACAAAUAAUUUCCACAUUCAGACCAGGUCUGAUACAGCUAUUUUGUACAAUGACCGAGCAGUACAGGAGAGUCAUCACGUCAGUGCAACUUAUCGCCUGCUACAAGAUGAUGAGGAAAUGAACAUCCUGUUCAAUCUUUCCAAGGAUGAUUGGAGGGAACUGCGAGCCUUGGUAAUUGAGAUGGUGUUGGCAACCGAUAUGUCUUGCCACUUUCAACAAGUCAAAGCUAUGAAGAAUGCAUUGCAGCAACCGGAGGGGAUUGAUAAACCGAAAGCCUUUUCCUUGUUGCUGCACACAGCUGAUAUCAGCCAUCCAACUAAAGCCUGGGAGAUGCAUCAUCGUUGGACCAUGGCAUUGUUGGAGGAAUUCUUCAGACAGGGUGACAAAGAGGCUGAACUGGGACUUCCUUUCUCUCCACUCUGUGAUCGCAAUUCAACAAUGGUAGCUCAGUCCCAAAUAGGUUUCAUUGAUUUUAUUGUGGAGCCAACAUUUUCUGUUCUGACUGACAUGACCGAAAAGAUUGUGACCCCCCUUAUUGAAGAGGCAUCCCGCUCCAGUGCCAGCGGAUUUCGGCGAGCCAGUGUGCAUAGUAUUUCAUCUACUGAAGUGAAACGGACAAACUUGAAAAAUAUACUGUCUGAAGGAAAUUCUUCUGUGAAUUCUUCCCUGCUUGCUGUGGAUAUGAAGAACUUUAAAAGUAUCUGGAGUGAAAUAUUGCAACAAAACCGUGAAAAAUGGAAAGCAUUACAUGCAAAAGAUGCUGAAGAAAAAGCCAGAAAAGAAGCUGAAGAAAAGGAAAGAGCAGAGGCCCAGGCAGCCCUUGAAAAGAAAGGGCUUCGGAUUUACAGAGAACAAAUGGCAUCACAGGAAAAGGAAAAUGAAGAAAACAAAAAAGACUGGAGAACGAGUUUCAUCUCGACUUCUAAAAAGGAUGUAAGCUUUUGGAAACCUGAGAAAGGAACUGGUUCUCUGUCAGAAGGCAGAGCACGGCUUAUGCAGAAUGGGAAGAUGAGCAUUGUCAGUGCCGAGUCCACGGAUUCCAGUCAGGAAAGGGACCAAAAGAAAGCAGGAGAGGCAGAAGUGCAGCCUGGCCCUGGAAACUAGUUCCAUCAUGCUAGCUCAGCUUCUUCAUUUUUUCUACAAGAAGCAACCCACAGGGAAAGGCUUGAACAGUGUUUCAAGUGCUGACUCUUCUCAUUGGCCAGUUUACAAAAGACUAAAACUAUAGGCAUUGGAUCUUUUAUUGGUUUCCGCUCUUUCUCUUUGUUUUAAAAUGAACUGUUGUUUUGCACAGGUGGAGAAUUCUUGAAGUUUUUAUGAAUAUGGGCUCUAGGCCUCCAAUGAAUAGAAGUGGCAUUGUACAGCGUAAUCUUAACAGGGGAUCUGAGGCCUUACAAAUGAUGCCGUAAAGCUGUAAAACAAAUAUUUGUUGAAGGGCUUCUUACAAGUACAGCAUAAGCAUGGAAGUACAGAAGUCAUCAAAUGACAUUUCCUUAUUUCAGGAUUGUUUUUUCCAUUCCAAACUUCAAACUUCCUUUCAAACUUCAUUAAACUGCAACUGUAAGACAUGCAGUAAUGACUUUUUAAUGAAACCUAUCUUUAUCCAACACCACCAAUAAUUUACCACCUCUUUCUGCAGUUGGUGUAAUUUGAUUUAAUUUGUUGAUUUAUAUGUUUCUAUUGAACCCUGCUCUAAUAUAAUUGCAGAGCUCUUGUUUGCAGCAAAAUGGCUCCCUACAUGUAACUCCAUCAACAAAAAUAUCUAUAUUUGUCUUCCAUUCCACCUCUUCCUUAGCUCAUCUGUUGCUGAAAUGCUCAUCCACGUGCAUUUGUUAUCUCUGGAUCUGAUUAUUCCAGUUCUCUCCUGGUUGACCUCCAUCUUCCACACUGUAUAAGCUCAUCCAUCCAAAUUGCUGCUCCCAUUUUCCCAACUCCACCAGAGGAUUUUCACCCAUAAUAAUCAUUAUGCUCAUGGACCUAUUGGUUGGCAGUCCACAAUGAUGUAAUUUUCACAUUCUCUUCCAUAUGUUCAAAUCCUUCCAUGACUUUGCAACUCUCUAUGCAUCCUCUUCUAACCCUACAACCCCUUCACUUUGCUGCUUUUGAUCUACUGAGCUCUUAGUUGGUCUCUUAUUGGAAGCUAUGCCUUCAGCUGCCUAAACUAAAGAAGUGGAAUUUAGCCCCGAAAACACUUGACCUCUAUACCUUGGCUUCCUGUUUUAAGGCAUUCCUUAAAAUUCUGUUUCAUCAAGCUCUUGUUCUUUCUGUUCUGAUAUUUCUUUAUGGAAAAAUUAGUUUAAUACUGCUUCUGCAAGGUGUUUUGGAAUGUGUUGCUAUGUUAAAGGCACUAAUCAUGCAAGUUGUUGUUCAUAAACAUUGCUUUUGAGAACCUUCGUAUUUCCACUAUUUCUGUCUGAUGGAAGUAUGCAGUGUCAAAUUGGUAAUUUAUCUGAACAUUAUAGUACAGCAGUAGAGGUUUGCUUGUUUUCCACAUUUGGAACUUUACAAAAUAUGUAAACAAAUAAGGUGGGUAUGUUAUAUUUAAUGUUGUCCAAUAGCAAUUAUACUUAACUUUUAAACAAGCUGUCUUGCAAAAAUGUUACAAUUGAAAAGUACUACAGAUGCUGGAAAUCUGAAAUAAAGAUACAAAGUACUGGAAACACUCAGCAUGUCGGGCAACAUCAAUGAAAAGAAAUGGAGUUAAUGCUUCAGGGUGAUACAGGAUCAUUGACUUGAGACUUUAACUCUGUUUCUUUAGCUGCAGCCUGACCUGCUGAUUAUUUCUAGCAUUUUCUGUUUCAUUGUGUAAAUAAUUUAUUUAUACCUGAAUUGUUAGACAGGAAUUAGCAGUAACUCUCCUACAGAGCAUCUCUGCCAGAGCUUUUCAGUGUAGUUUCCAAGGCUUACUCAUCUUCUGCUCCUUUUUAAAUCACCUUUCUUCCGUCUUGGAAUUGGGCACAUUUGUUGCUGAUUUCCAGAUAUUCAGAACCGUUUUCAACUCUUCGUACACUGAAACUAUUUAUAAGCUGUAAGAGUUGGACAAUAUUCAGACUUGGGCAGAUAAGAGGCAAGUUAGAUUUGCAGCAUGCAAGUGCCAGGCAUCUCCAGCAAAGUAGAAUCUAGCCAUCACCCUGUGACAUUCAACAGCAUCUCUAUCACUGAAUUCCCUGCUAUCUACAUCCUGGAAAUUCCAUUCACCAAAAACUGAACCGAACAAGCCAUGUGAAUACUUGGUCUAUAAGCGCAGAUGUCGUGGCCAGUUGUAGUAAAUAACUCACCUCCUGACUCCCCAGCGUCUGACCACAAUGUACAUACUCACAUCAGGAAUACGAUGGAGUACUUCUCAUUUGCCUGGAUGUGUUCAAUUCCAACAACUCUCAAGAAGCGUGCCACCACAUCCAUCCCAUUCAGCUUUUAUUUUCCUUCACCACAAUGCUGCAGUGUGUAUCAUUUACAGGAUGCACCACAGGCACUCACAAACGCUCCUUCAACAGGACCUUUCAAACCUAUCACCUUAACUGCCUACUAAGACACAGGCAGAAGAUUCAUGGCAGCAGAAACACCCCCUGCAGCUUCCCCUCAGAAUCACACAACAUCUAAACUUGGAACUAUAUCACCUUUCCUUCACUGUUACUGGGUCAAAAUCCUGUAAUUUUCCUCCUAGAAAUGUUCCUGCAUUCUAGGGACUGCAUUGGUUCAACAAUGCAGUUCACCACCAUCACUUCAAGUGGAAUUUGGAACAGACACUAAAUGGCUGAAAAAUGAAGCCCACAUAUUAUGAAUAAAUACACAUUAAAAAGUUAAAUGUUCAGAAUUUUGGAAUUGUUACAAGGCAGAAGAAACAAAGAAACAAAGAAACCUACAGCACAGGAACAGGCCCUUCGGCCCUCCAAGCCUGCGCCGAUCAAGAUCCUCUGUCUAACCUGUCAUCUAUUUUCUAACGGUCUGUGUCCAUUUGCUCCCUGCCCAUCCAUGUACCUGUCCAAAUAUAUCUUAAAAGACGCUAACGUGUCUGCGUCUACCACCUCCGCUAGCAACGCGUUCCAGGUGCCCACCACCCUCUGUGUAAAGAACUUUCCACGCAUAUCUCCCCUAAACUUUCCUCCUCUCAUUUUGAACUCAUGACCCCUAGUAAUUGAGUCCCCCACUCUGGGAAAAAGCUUUUUGCUAUCCAUCAUGUGUUCCGUGGCUCUUUAAAUGAGCACUUCACUUAGCACCAUUCUCUUGUUAUGCCCCCAUAACCCUGCUAAUUAUUUCUCUUCAGAUAGCAGUGCCGUCCCGUUUCUAACUCCUAAGUUGAACCUGACAUGUUGAGGCAGUGCAUCGUAGAUACAACCAUUCACUGCAUUAAAAAGCGUUUCCACAUAUAGCUUUUUCUUUUAUCAAUUAUUUAAUCUGUUCCUUCGCAUGUUUUGGGAAUAUUUUUUCUGUCUAUUGUGUGCAGGCCCUUUUUGAUUUUGAAUUUUUUUUGCUAUCAAAUCUGUCUUUUCUCCAAGGAAAACUAUUUUAACUUGUGCAACUUCUCUUCAUAAUUGCAUGCCUUCACCCUUUGAGCCAUUCUCAAUAAAGAAACAAUUCAGCAUAUUGCACAUCCUACUGUAUCACAGGGAUAUUCACCUCAUUUAGUUGAAGCAGUACUGUUUUAGAAAGGGCUUGAGUUGUGCAUAUUGUGUAGGGAUCUCUUUUGAUAAAAGCAGUCACUAAACUCUAAAAGCUGUAGAAAAUAUUGUAAUGCAGAGUUUGUGAGCUAUCGCCUUUGUACAUGGAACCUGGGGGAUCAUCAGCAAAGGUUCAAUUCAUGACUCAUUAACAUGAAAAUCAUUCAAAUUACUAAUACAAAUAAAAAUAAUUAUAAAUGGUUUCUUCACCAAUGAGACAACUGAACCGAAGGUAGCCCCUUCCAAAAUUGCCCAAAUUUCAAACUGGAUGAAACAUGAAAGAAGUAUUAGUAAAAACAUAAAAUGCUGGAAGCACACAUCAGGUCUGCCUAAAGUGUCAAAGAACCUGUAACCUCAGUUUGACUGAGUUUCAGAGCUUGUAAGCUGUCACUGCUGGAGAUUAACUUGCAAGAAGUUAUUCAAUCCUGCUGUAAUUAUCACUGAUACAGUGACUUCAUGCAGGUACACUUAAAUAAGUAUUUGGAAGAAGUGUUGAUAACUAAAAUAUUAAAACAAUUCUGUGAGAGUUAGUUUUGUCUAAAGGUCGGUGCUCCAAACUAACCUCUUUUUUUUUGGAAUAACGGUCCUGCACUUUGUCAAACCUCACUGGGGUAGGGCACUGGAAAUCAAGCCCUGCUAUUUUUGGAGUGGUCCCAAGAGUAAAAUGAACAACAUUCCCAAUUUACUUAUCUUUGAGGACCAAGGUUUCUGUAGUUAAGAGGAAUUGAUAUCAUUUACAAUUAAAUAGACUCUAGCUAUAUGUAAACAACAAACCUGUUUGAAUAUAACUGUGCUGGUUAAAACUCUAACCCAUUAUAAAAGUCCCUCUACACAAACAAACACACCU